UCUAAAAACUUCUAACCCUAAUCCCUCCCUUCUUAAGAGCUCCACUUUUCUCUCUCUCUCUUAAGUAAUUAGCUUAUAUUGUUGUUAAUUUCUUAAGUAAAGAUGAACAAUUGCAUAUAUGUUUUGGGUUUUUCUCCAUUCUACUCUUUCUUGAACGAAUCAGCUCCAACUACUGCAUAUAUAAUUUCUGGUAUGUUGUUGCCGAUUUUGGGGCUUCUGAUUUUUGAAGGAAAUAGGGUAAUGUUGUUACCGAUUUUUGGUAUGUUGUUGCCGAUUUUGGGGCUUCUGAUUUUUGAAGGAAAUAGGGUAAUGUUGUUGCCGAUUUUCGGUAUGUUGUUGCCGAUUUUGGGGUCUUAUGAUUUUGAGGCUUUCAUGUUGGUUCUGCUGCUUUGGCUUAUUUGUUUUCUAAACAGAUGGGUUUUUAUUGUUCUUAUAUUGUAGUUUGUAUUUUUGUGGCUUGUAUUAUGUUAAUAGGGUCUCUUUCUUAAGAAUUCAUUGAUUGGUGAGAUACAUGGGUUCUUCCAAUUUGUCGUAUUCUUUAAAUUCCAGCAACUUUUGUUAUGGAUGUGAACCCUAACUUUUGGUUUUAGUGUUCACAAAACAGAUCAACUAGUCAAGCCAUAACUUUUUGUCAUGAAUUAAAGUAAACUUGUAUGUAUUAAAACUGAAAAGGAAAAAGGAAAAGAAAACUGAAAACUGAAAAAGGAAAAGAAAACUGUAAAAGGAAAAGGAAAAGAAAUCCAAUGCAUUAAACUUGUAUUUAUAGUUAAAACCAACACUCUCUCUCAUAUGUAUUAUUCUUCAUGAGGAUAAUAAAUAAUUUUUAUUACUUUGUUACUUUUGUAACUUUGUUAUAAUAUAUUUAUUAUUUUCUAGAGAUUCAUGUAUAAUUUCUUUCAUUAGGUUAUAGAAUCUAUCAUAAUGGACAGAAGUUGGAUUACGGAGUCAAGGUACUUUAAAUUUUAGUCUCGUCAAUUUUCAAAAAAAUAAUAAAUAAAUAAAGCUUAAUUCUCAUUUUGGUUUAGAUAUUUACGAUAAAUUCAUUUUUACUUUUGUCUUUCUUACUAUACAAAUAGGAUAAGUACUACAUACUCGAAUGGAGUUGAACAAUUUCUAGAUACAUCGUUUGAGCGAGUUAGGCAGAGUGGACGCAUAUAUUGUCCUUGUAACAAUUGUGGGAAUUGUAUCAAGAAAACACGACAAGAAGUUUUGGAUGACUUGAUGUGGAAUGGGUUUAUCCAAACAUACACAACUUGGAUUUAUCAUGGAGAACAAUUACCUUCGUCUUCUAGGCAUAAUGAUGGGCACACCUUAUACGAGCACAUCGACUCCAAUGUAAAUAAUGAUGACAUGCACGAACUCUUAUAUGAGGGUUUUGGAAUUCAAAAUGAAAUGGGUGAACAAGCUGAUAGGGAAAAUGAGUAUCAUCAGGGCCCUAAUGAAGAGGCAGAUAAGUUUUACAAGCUUCUAGAUGAUGGAAAAACAGAUCUAUAUCCUGGGUGUAAAAACUUUACGAAGUUGUCUUUUAUAGUGAAACUAUAUUUGUUGAAAACUUUGCAUCAUUGGACUGAGAAAUCAUUUAGUGAGUUGCUAAUGUUUUUUAAAGAUGUACUACCAGAAGGUGAGACACUGCCAAAAUCUUUUUACGAGACAAAAAAGAUAAUUAGUAACUUAGGUCUCAAGUAUGAUAAGAUUGAUGCAUGUCCCUUUGAUUGUAUGUUGUACUGGAAGGAGCACGCCAAUGAUGAAACAUGUCAUAAAUGUGGCAAGUCUAGGUGGAAGGAUUUUAACACUCAUUCCGAGGGCAGUACAAGUACAUCACCCCCAUCAAAAAAGACAAAAAUUCCAGCCAAAGUUAUAAGGUAUUUCCCUCUUAAGUCAAGACUUCAACGGUUGUUCAUGUCAAAUAAGACAGCUUCAGAUAUGCGAUGGCAUGAGGAAGAACGCAUAAAAGAUGGAAAAUUAAGACAUCCUGCUGACUCUCUAGCGUGGGAUCAUUUUGACAAAAAGUAUCCAGAGUUUGCUAGGGACUCUAGAAAUGUUAGACUUGGCCUAGCAUCAGACGGUUUCAACCCAUUUAGGACUAUGAGUAUUGCACAUAGUACAUGGCCUGUUGUUCUUGCUGUAUACAACUUGCCAGGGUGGAUGUGCAUGAAACAACCUUUUUUCAUACUGUCCACCUUAAUCCCUGGUCCUAAGGGUCUUGGAAAUGAUAUUGAUAUAUAUUUGCAGCCCUUGAUAGAAGAAUUAAAGGAAUUGUGGGUUGAAGGGGUGGAUACCUAUGAUACGUCGAGAAAAGGGAUGUUUCGCAUGCAUGCAGCGUUAUUGUGGACUAUAAGUGACUUUCUUGCUUUUGCAAACUUAUCUGGUUGGAGCACAAAGGGGUAUUUGGCUUGUCCAGUUUGUCUUAAAGACACUUGUUCUUGUAGGUUAAAGCAUAGCAAAAAAAUUUGUUAUACAGGCCAUAGGCAUUUUGUUGAGCAAUGUCAUAGAUUCAGACGCAAUAAAGCAGCUUUUGAUGGAACAGAAGAGACUAGGUGUGCACCACCUAUGUUAUCUGGAACAGAAGUGCUACAUGAACUAGAGGGCAUUAGCUUUCCAGCAUUUGGGAAAGGGGAUGAUAGCAAGGGGAAUGCUGCACAAGUGGAUGAAAUGGAUGAAAAUCCAAUGUUCAAUUGGAGGAAGAAGAGUAUAUUUUUUGAAUUGCCUUAUUGGGAGCACCUUCUUAUUCGUCAUAAUCUUGAUGUGAUGCAUAUUGAGAAGAAUAUAUGCGACAAUGUAUUUUAUACUUUGAUGAAUGAACCGGGUCGAGGAAAGGAUGGUUUAAAAUCAAGACUCGACUUGCAGGAGAUGCAAAUAAGGCAUUCACUUCACCCCCAGGAACGUGGUGCAAACAAAUAUUAUUUGCCUUCAGCAAGUUACACAUUUUCUCCACUUGAAAAGAAAAUCUUUUGUCGGGCGUUGAAAAAAGUUAAAGUUCCAGAUGGAUAUGCAGCUAACAUAUCACGUUGUGUGAAAUUGAAAGAGCGUAAAAUUAGCGGUUUAAAGAGCCAUGAUUCCCAUAUCCUAAUGCAACAACUAUUACCAGUAUCCAUUCGCAAGCUAUUGCCAAAGAAUGUAUGCUCUACACUUGUUGAGUUGAGUAACUUUUAUAAGGAAUUAUGUUCAAAAACUCUCAUACCGGCUGAGUUGGACAAUUUGCAAAAUAAGAUUGCUUUAACACUUUGUAAAUUGGAAAUGAUAUUCCCACCAUCUUUUUUUGAUGUGAUGGUCCACUUAUCAAUUCACUUAGCUCAGGAAGCAAAGAUCGCAGGACCAGUGCAAUAUCGUUGGAUGUAUCCAUUUGAGAGGUAUCUUUUAACCUUAAAAAAUUAUGUGCGCAAUAGAAGUCGCCCAGAGGGUUCAAUUGCAGAAGGGUAUUUAGCUGAGGAAUGCUUAAAUUUUUGUUCAAGAUACCUAGCAAACGUGGAGACAAGGUUCAAUAGACCCUCAAGGAAUGAUGACAACCUUGAUGAAGGAGAAGAGAUGUCUACUUUUGGCCCUAGAGGUCGUGCCUUAGGAAAACAGGAGAUGAUUGUUUUAGAUGAUGAUUGUCAAACGCAAGCUCAUCGGUAUGUGUUAUUUAACUACGACGGAGCUACACAAUUCAUUGAAAAGCAUAAGAAAUUUCUUAAAAGAAGGCAACGGAAUUUAAAGCCACGACAAAUACAAUCAAUGUCUCAUCUAUCAUUUCAUAAGUGGUUUAAUGAAUGUCUGCGGAAUACGGAGGAUCCUAUCCCUAAUGAGAUUCGAUGGCUAGCUCGGGGUCCUAAUGUCGUUUCCAAACGAUUUAAGUCGUUCGUGAUUAAUGGGUUUAAGUUUAAUGUUAGAGAUCGUGAUAAUCAGAGGAAGACCCAAAAUAGUGGUGUUGUUUUAAAAGCACACACAUCAAGUUAUGCAAGAGCCAGUGAUCAAAAUCCUAUUGUAGGAAAUGUUCAUUACUUCGGAUUAUUGAUUGAUAUCAUUGAGUUGGACUACAAUGAAGAAAGGAAGGUUGUAUUGUUCAAGUGUGAUUGGUUUGAUGUACUCUCUAAGGGUAGAGGGAUAAAGGAGGAUGAUUUUGGGUUUACACUCGUUAAUUUUUCACGUGUAAUGCGAACUGACGAACCAUUCAUUCUAGCAUCUCAGGCUGAGCAAGUGUUUUAUGUUCAAGACCCAGUUGAUACAGAUUGGCAUGUUGUUAUAGGGACAAAACCUCGUGAUUUAUAUGAUAUUCCUGAAGAUGAUACUGAGACCUAUGGAUUUGAGUAACCAUUUAGUUCUCUACACUCGGAUGCAACUGAUGAUCACAUUUAUUGGGAUAGAGGUGAUGUGCUUGGAACAAUGGUUGAUAAAUCUUCAUCAGCAAACACGGAAAAAGAAGAUAUUUCGGAUGAAUAACAUACUUAGAAUGAUGAUAAUUUUUUCUUAAAUGUUGCAUUUUCUUAUUUUCAUCUUCUUUUUGGCUUCGUGCUUAUGGAAUAUUAUGAUUUUUUUUCCAUC